AUGCUUUCCAUGAAACCUUGUUCCGUUCUCGUUCUGGCCGUGUGCUGCUGCAGCUUGGCCCUCGUGCAGGCCCGUCCUGAUGUGAGUCACUUGCUUCAAUCGAACCGCAACUAUCUGCCUCCGCUGCCACAGAAGGAGCUCUCCGUUAGCCAAAACUACCAGCAGAUUGCUCAGUACCAGAAUCAGGUGCAAGUGCAGACCCAAUCAUUCCCCCAGGUGGAGUCCAUUCAGGCAUCUAUUCCAUUGGCCAGCUUCUCUAUUCAGUCGGGCGGACAAUACCAACCUGCCGCUCCUGCUCCUGCUCCCGUUCAAGUCUCCAUUCCAGCACCUGCUCCCGUUCAAGCGCAAGCACCUGCCCCAGCGCCAGCUUCCCAGGUGAUCUAUGAGUCGCCCAAGCCAAUUGUUGCCACCCAAACCACGGUGCAGAAUGCCUAUCUGCCACCUGUCCAGCAGUUUGUGCCCGCACCAGAGCCAGUUGUGGAGACAACAGUGCAGCAGACCACCUACAAUGCCCCCGAGAAUGUAGUUGCUCCCGCUCCCGCUCCCGCUCCCGCUCCGGUGGUUGAACAGACUUACUCCGCUCCAGCACCUGUGGUGCAGGAACAAACUUACUCCGCACCAGCACCUGUGGCUCAGCAGACUUACUCCGCUCCAGCGCCAGUGGUGCAGGAACAGACCUACACUGCUCCAGCUCCGAUUGUCCAGCAGACUUACUCCGCUCCAGCACCUGCAGUUCAGCAGACUUACUCCGCUCCAGCGCCAGUGGCUCAAGAACAGACCUAUUCAUAUCCCGCUCCCGCACCUGUGCAGCAACAAACUUACUCCGCCCCAGCGCCAGUGGUGCAGGAACAGACAUACACCGCUCCAGCUCCGAUUGUCCAACAAACUUACUCUGCACCUGCGCCAGUCGUUCAGCAGUCCUACUCUGCUCCAGCGCCAGUGGUGCAGGAACAGACAUACACCGCUCCAGCUCCGAUUGUCCAGCAGACUUACUCCGCUCCAGCUCCUGUGGUUCAGCAGACAUUCAGCGCACCUGCUCCAGUGGUUCAGCAGACUUAUUCAGCUCCUGCUCCUGUGGUGCAACAGACUUACACUGCCCCAGCGCCGGCGGUGCAGGAACAGACCUAUUCAUACCCCGCUCCAGCGCCAGUGGUUCAGCAAACUUACUCAGCUCCAGCUCCAGUUCAGCAGACAUACAAUGCACCCGCUCCUGUGGUUCAGCAGACAUACACCGCUCCAGCUCCAGUUCAACAGACAUACACAGCUCCUGCUCCUGUGAUCCAACAAACCUACUCAGCUCCUGCUCCAGUCUCUGUUGCUCAGCAAACUUACUCUGCUCCAGCUCUGAUCCCAGAGCCAGUACAGCAGACUGUUAGCAUCAGUGCCCCGGUUUCAGUUCCAGCACCAGCACCAGCGCCAGUUCAGAUUCAGCAGCAGCAGCAGCAGCAGCAGCAGCAGCAGUACAGUGGCUAUAGCUACCAGGCGCCAGCAUCAGCUCCAAUAGUUCAGCAGACAAUCAGCAGCUACACGGCUCCAGCUCCGGUUCAGUUCCAGCAAUCGUUUGUGCCCGCACUACCAGCACCAGCACCAGCACCGAUCCAGAUUCAGUCUCAGCCAAUCGUUCAGUAUGCGCCACAAGCUCCAACAUACACUCCAGUGCAACAGCAACAGCAGCAGCAGCAGCAGCAGGUUUCCUAUGCACCAGCAUCGAUCGUGCAACAGACUGAGACUGGCAGUGUCGUGUCCCAGGUGGCGACUACCUCCACGAUCUCGAAUGAGAUCGGCACCGACUAUGCAGCCAAUGGCGGCUAUGUCUACGAGAAGCACUGAGAGAGAGAUGCAGUGUCCGAACUCGCAUCGAGUUGUGGAUCGGAGAUCCUUGCAGCACAUCGCGAAACGCUGAUCGUGUCAUCAGUGUCACUUAUUGUUACUUAGCCAAUUUCUAGCACCAAUUAGUUGUAGCAAACAAUUCACUUUUUUU